CUAGGUUUCGCGAUGAAUGCGUGGGAGGGCCUGGCGAUGGCGGCAUCGCUGGCCCUGCUGGGAUGGUCCGGGAUCUGGUUUCUCAAUCGCAAGCUCUACCGGGAAUAUGAGGAGCGCCGCGCGCUCGUCCAGAUCCUGUUUGGUGCCGUGUUCGCGCUCUCUUGCAAUCUCUUGCAGCUCGUCCUCUUCGAGAUCGUCCCGCUGCUCUCGCCCCAGGCGCGAUGGCUCAACUGGAAGCUGGAUCUCUACUGCAUUGUCGCGCUCCUGGUAUUCGUGCUGCCCUACUACCACUGCUAUCUCGUCUUUCGCAACAAGGGAUCCAGGCGGGAGAGGGCUGCCAUAGCCGCAUUGUGCUUCUUGCUUGGAUUCCUCUACGCGUUCUGGCGGAUGGGCGUCCACUUCCCAAUGCCAUCGCCGGACAAGGGAUUCUUCACGGUUGCACAGAUGGUGAGCCGGGUGGGAGUGAUCGGGGUCUCGGUCAUGGCUGUUCUAGCCGGAUUUGGAGCUGUGGAUCUCCCCUACAGCUAUCUCUCGCUCUUCAUCCGCGACAUCCAGGACAGCGAUAUCGCGUCUCUAGAGCGACAGCUCAUGCAAGCGCUGGAGAUGGGGAUCGCCAAGAAGAAGAAGAGGAUUCUCCUGGCUCAAUCGGAGAUGAGGAGAUCGCUGCUCAAGGGCGAGGCCAAAUCGACGAGCUUUUUCAGCCGGCUUGUGAGGACGGUGGUGAGAUCCGUGAGCGAGGACGAGCAGAUCCACAACUUGGAGGUGGAGAUCAAUGGAUUGGAGGAGCUCUCCAGGCAGCUCUUUCUCGACAUUUUCGAGCUGAGGAAGGCCAAGCAAGCCGCGAUCUACUCGAGAACUUGGAGGGGCCACGUCAAGAACAUUUGGGGAUACGCUCUCUCGCUCUACUGCGUCUACAAGAUGCUACGCUCGCUCCAAAGCAUCGUCCUCCGCGACACGGGCAGCGUGGAUCCGGCCACAAACGCCAUCGCCAUCUUUCUCCGGAUCUUCCACAUCAACUUCAACGUAGCUCUCUGGUCGCAGUACGUCUCCCUCGCGUUCGUGGGGAUGAUGAUCGCCAUGUCGCUGCGUGGAUUCCUCCAGAGCUUGAUGAAGUUCUUCUCGAUCGCCAGCAGCGGCGGCGCCAGGAACUCCUCCAGCAACGUCCUCGUCUUGUUCCUGUCCGAGAUCAUGGGGAUGUACUUCGUCUCGUCGAUUCUUCUCAUCCGGAAGAGCCUGGCCAGCGAGUACAGAUCGAUCAUCACCGACGCGCUUGGUGGCGACAUCCAGUUCAACUUCUACCAUCGCUGGUUUGAUGCCAUCUUCGUCGUCAGCGCGCUCCUCUCGAUCCUCCUCUUCGCCGUGCAGUACACUUCCAAGCAGGCCGACGACAAGCACCCAGUCGAUUGAGCGCCCUCCGAGAAAAAAAUUCGGUUUUUACGCUGCUCGAGCGUGUUUCCACCAGAUCGAUCGAGUAACUCAGGAGUUUUGCAAAAUUUGAUGGUCUGGCCACGAAGGUUUCUUCGUGUUUGUUCAAAGGCUCACAAAGUGAAAUGUCAUUCGUUCCUCACAAAAUGAACGUAAGUCCUUUUUCAUGAUUCA